CGGCGCGAUGAGCUCGCUACUGCGGUAUUCUGCCCGCCAGGUCGCCGUCGCGGGCCGGCGGCGGCUCAGCGCCCAGCCCGUGGCGUCCGAGGGGUCGCGGAGCUGGGAGUUCUUCGCCGGGGACCCCGAGGUGACGGCCGACGGCGUCGCCAUCGUGCGCCUCGAUGCGAAGAAGGCGAAGAUGAACACGCUGAACCCGGCGCUCCAGGCCGAGGCCCAGGAGAUGUGGAGCGAGCUCAUGGAGGCGCGCGGAAAUGACGUCAAGGCCGCCGUCUUCAUCUCCGCCAAGCCCGACAACUUCAUCGCGGGCGCGGACAUCUCCAUGCUCGCGGCGAAGAAGGCGAGCGGCGACGAGGACUCGCUCGAGGCCAUCUGCCUGAGCGGGCACACCAUGUUCGCCGAGCUCAAGGCGACGAACAUCCCCAUCGUCGCGGCCAUCCACGGCGCCUGCCUCGGCGGCGGCCUCGAGUGGGCGCUCAAGUGCGACUACCGCGUCGCGUCGACGUCCCCGAAGACGAAGCUCGGCCUGCCCGAGGUGAAGCUGGGCCUCCUGCCCGGCUGGGGCGGCACCUACGCCCUGCCGAAGCUCAUCGGCCUCACGGAGGCCCUGCCCAUGAUCCUCCAGGGCAAGGAGGUCAAAGCGGACAAGGCGAAGAAGCUCGGCCUCGUCGACGCCGUCUGCGACCCCGCGGCGCUGGAGCGGCUCGCCGUCGCCAAGGCCGCGGCGUUGGGCAACGGCUCGCUGAAGCUCAAGGAGAAGAAGAAGUCGUGGAUGCGCUGGGCCACGGAGGACGUGAGCUUCGGCCGCGACUUCGUCUUCAAGAAGGCCAAGGAGACCGUCGACAAGACGACGCGCGGCAAGUACCCGGCGGCCUACGAGAUCAUGGACUGCGUGAAGCACGGGCUGGGCAAGAGCCCCGAGGAGGCCUUCGCCUUCGAGGCCAAGGCCUUCGUGCGCCUCGCGAAGACGCCCGAGUCGUCCGCGCUCAUCGGCCUCUUCGACGGCAUCACGGCGUCGAAGAAGAACCGCUACGGCAACGCUUCGGACCCGGCGACGCUCAAGGCGCUGGACACGGUGGCCGUGCUCGGCGCGGGCCUCAUGGGCGCGGGCAUCGCCCAGGUCUCCGCGGAGAAGGGCCUGAACGUGCUCCUCAAGGACGCGUCGCCCGAGGGUUUGGCCAAGGGCGUCGACUACGUCGGCGGCAACCUGGCCAAGAAGGUCAAGCGGCGCCGGAUGACGGACUACACGCGCAACACGAUCACGUCCAAGGUGAUGGGCUACCACGACGGCCCCGGCGGCGGCGGCGACGCCGCGUGGCUCCGCAAGGCCGCGACGGCCGACGUCGUCGUCGAGGCCGUCUUCGAGGAUCUGGACCUGAAGCACAAGGUCUUCCAGAGCGUCGAGCCCCUCGUGUCCGAGGCCUGCGUCCUCGCGACGAACACGUCGGCGAUCCCCAUCGCCAAGGUCGCCGCGGGCGCGGCGAAACCGGAACGCGUGCUCGGCAUGCACUACUUCAGCCCCGUGCCCCAGAUGCAGCUCCUGGAGAUCAUCCCCCACGCGGGCACGGACCCCAAGGCCAUGGCCGCGGCCUUCGCCGUCGGCAUCAAGCAGGGCAAGUUCUGCAUCGAGGUCAAGGACGUGCCCGGCUUCUACGUGAACCGGUGCCUCGCGCCCAUGAUGGCGGAGCUCGCGCCCCUCUUCCAGGACGGCGUCGAGCCCAAGCAGCUCGACGAGGCCAUCCUGGACCUGGGCAUGCCCGUGGGGCCCGUGACGCUCAUCGACGAGGUCGGCGCGGACGUCGGGCUGCACGUGCAGCGCACGAUGCUCGCGGACGAGACCAUGGGGGGCCGCAUGGCCGGCGCGGACCCGGCCAUGCUCCAGGCCGUCGUCGACAAGGGCUGGCUCGGCCGCAAGUCCGGCAAGGGCUUCUUCGUCUACGACGGCAAGAAGAAGACGCCGAACGCGGAGGCGAACGCGUACGUCGAGUCCGAGGUCAAGCGGCGCGACGCCGGGCUCUCCGUGGAGACGAUCCAGGACCGCUACCUCACGCGCUUCGUCAACGAGGCCGCCGUCUGCCUCCAGGAGGGCAUCCUCAAGACGCCCGCGGACGGCGACCUCGGCGCCGUCUUCGGCGUCGGCUUCCUCCCCUUCACGGGCGGGCCCUUCCGCAUGCUCGACGCCGUCGGCGCGGCGACCUACGUCGACAAGAUGAACCGCCUCGCCGACGAGUACGGCGACCGCUUCGCGCCCUGCGACCUCCUCGUCGACCACGCGAACUCGGGCAAGAAGUUCUACCCGUCCAAGUAGGCGCGCGCGCCCGGCGCCGCGCGCGCGCUCUCCCCCCUCUAACUGCCUGAUCGUCUGC